UUUUCUACGUCAUUAGGAAUCCCUCGCCUUAGUUCCUAACGUCGUUGUCUGAAUGAAUGUAAAACAAUCAUAAUUUACAAGACAGACAUAUACAGAUUUAUCCAAAUGUAGAAGUAUGGCCGGUGUUUUUGAUCUCGAGCUUCACGAUACCCCUGAAGGGGAGGAGGAUAUUUCAGACGACGAUUAUUUUGAGCCUGAUGAACCAGGAAACAGUUUUGGUCGAGGACAGCUUGAAGAUGGAAUGGAAAUGGUUGAAUUAACAGAGAACACUGUUAACCCAGGACAGAAUAAAACUGGACCACAAGAUUUUGAACUGCUUAAAGUUCUUGGGAAAGGGGGAUAUGGAAAAGUCUUUCAAGUAAGAAAAAUAUCAGGGUCUGAUGAUGGAAAAAUAUUUGCCAUGAAAGUGUUAAAGAAGGCCUCAAUAGCAAGAAAUGCCAAGGAUCAGGCACAUACAAAGGCAGAAAGAAAUAUACUGGAAUGUGUUAAGCAUCCUUUUAUAGUUGAUUUAAUGUAUGCAUUUCAAACUGGUGGUAAAUUAUACCUAAUAUUAGAAUAUCUCCCUGGUGGAGAGUUGUUCAUGCAAUUAGAAAGGGAAGGUAUUUUCAUGGAGGACACAGCUUGUUUCUACCUGGCAGAAAUAUUAGUAGCUAUAGAACACUUGCAUUCUCAGGGUAUUAUAUAUAGAGAUCUGAAACCAGAAAACAUUCUUUUAGACGCACAUGGUCAUGUAAAAUUGACAGAUUUUGGUUUAUGUAAGGAAUCUAUAAAUGAUGGAAAUGUAACUCAUACAUUCUGUGGUACUAUAGAAUACAUGGCACCUGAAAUCUUAACACGGAGUGGUCAUGGUAAAGCUGUUGAUUGGUGGAGUUUAGGAGCUUUAAUGUAUGAUAUGUUAACUGGUGCUCCUCCAUUUACAGCAGAAAAUAGGAAGAAAACAAUUGACAAGAUUUUAAAAGCUAAACUGAGUUUACCUCCAUACCUUACAAAUGAAGCAAGAAAUCUAAUUAAGAAGUUACUGAAGAAGAAUAUAAAUGAGAGAUUAGGUGGAGGUCCCGAGGAUGCCAAACCUAUAAGAGUCCAUCCAUUUUUCAGACAUAUAGAUUGGACAGUAUUAUUUAAUAGAAAAGUAGAACCUCCAUUUAAACCCUCAGUUACAAGUGAGUUAGAUGUGAGUCAGUUUGAUACAAAGUUUACCAAGCAAACUCCUGUUGAUUCACCUGAUGAUACCAUCCUUAGUGAAAGUGCAAAUCAAGUAUUUGUUGGAUUUACUUAUGUAGCACCAUCAGUAUUAGAAGAGUUAAAUAAGCCAUGGAUAUCUGAGAAAGAACCACGAUCACCGAGGAAGGUUGGGAACAGCUUUACUAGAGGUGACAUGAGUCCUGAGCAGAAUGCAUUAGUCGAAGGAUUCCGUGUUGCUGGGCAACAUAAUGGCUCUGAAGGAGCUGAAGCAAUGGAUACCACAGUAACCAUACCUAAACGAUCAACAUCACCUGCUAUAGCAACCAAAAAUACAGCUUUCAAGUCUGUUGCAUUCCCAGGAACUUCAAAUAGGCCGCCUCAUCUACGUAUGAAUUGACAUAGGGGCAAAUUAGGACAAUUUUUCAAAUUAUUUUUAAAUAAAUGAUUUUAUUGAUGUAAAUGACUUUUGUUUCAAUUUGUAAUUUAUUUCAAAUGUACAUAUUUAAAAAUCAAUUGUCCAUUUUUAAUUUAUUAUUUGCAAAUAUUUGAGUAAUUCUGGAUUUUAAAUAAAUGAUUUUUGACACAGCAGUACUGUAAAUUCAAAAAUUAUUGCGAUUUUUGAAGAAUGGACAUAAAUGCGAUAUUUAUCAUUGCGAUUUCGGGGAAAACUGCAUACAUAUAUAUGCAUCAGAUAUCAGAAUGCGAGUUCUUAUUAUUGAGAUACUUGCACAUUUGCAAUAUUAUCAUUAGUAAAAACCUCGCAAUAAUUUCUGGAUUUACAGUAAUUGGACCAUGAAAAUUUCUAGUGGUAUAUGUUAACAUUGAUUCAUUCAACUCGAGUAUAAGCAAUGUGCUUAAUAGUUUGCUUCAAUGGGAGUAUAUUACAGUAAAGGGAGGUAAAUCUUGUAAAUUAUCAUAUGUUUUUACAGUAUUGUGAACUUAUAGCAAAUCGGCCAUAUUGGAUAAAAUUUUCAACAGAUGUUUAAUAGCUUUUAGAUAAUUCAUGUGGAAUGAUGGUGCCCAGUUUUAAUUAUAUUUUGGAUUUUUAUCAGAUAAAUUGUUUUAUUACUUCAUUCAAAAAGUACGAAAAAACAACCAGGAUCUCAUUUUCUUGCCAAAAUAUUGAAGUAUCAUUUGUCUUUCUUUUCUAGAAAUAAUAAAUUUUAAAGCAGUGAAAAGUAAAAUGAAUGUUGCAAGCUAGUAUUUAUGUGCCAUAUUUUAAUUUUAAUCUUUUACGGUCAUCAUAUUUGUCAAGUUCAUGUCAGAAGACACUCCACCUUCAUGCCCCCAGAAGUUGUGCCCAUUGUCUUUCAAUCUGCACCUGGAAUCUACUUUGUUCCAGAUGACCUUGUAGUAUUUAGAGGUCAGCACUGUUUUGUGGCAGUGUCUAAAGUUCAGUGUUGAUAGUUCAAAAUUUACUGCAAUGGCAGUUAUCUUUUACCAGAUAUCUGUUUUACUAAGGCCCAAAAAUAAUUAUUUUGUCGUUUAAUUUUCAUCUGUUCAAAUAAAAAUAAUUGUGAUAAUUAAGCAGUGGGUUCAUUGAUAUUAUGGGUAAGCAUUAAUGUAUACAUUUCUGCAAUAGAAUUCAUUUAUCCAGAAUUACUUGUUGAUGGAAUGUGUUCAGCACACUAUGUUUUAUUAGUAUGUAUCUCUUUUAUCAGAUCUAUGUUGAAAAUUCACAAGUUUUAUGUUUUGUAAAUGUUACUAUUUUGUUGUUUUAUUACUGUGACAAAGCCUGCGUCAGAAUUUAUAUGUUUUUAUGAUGAUUUAGAUGGUGAAAAAUUCAAUUCUUGAACUUAUUGCAGAUUGUGUAGAAAGUUUGUUCAGAUACUCAAACAUUGAAUUUAAAUUUGCGCUUGAAAAACAGGCACUUUGGUUUUUUUCUUGAUCCAUGUUUUCUUUUACUUUCAAAAGGAAACCUUUUUUCUGAAUUAUGUCAAAAAUUUACUACAAAUGAAAAAAAAAUUAAAUCUAAACAUAAAUCAGUAAUAAAAUAAAAUAUUCUUUAAGUUCUUUAUUGCAUUGUUUGCCUGUGUAGUAGAUUCCAUUAUACAAAAUCUAGAAACAGACGAAAUAAUUUAUUCUACUGUCCUGAUAUGAUUUAUCAAUACAUUACUUUUGUGUUCCGUGACAUUUGUACAACUUACUUCAUUUUAGCUGUAGUUUGUCAACGAAUGACAUUUGCAAAACGAUUAUUCUUGUACUGUGCUGUCAAAUAUUUUCUGUUAUGACAUUAAAAAUCUAUGGCAAAAUGUUUCUUUAAUGGAGGGAAAAGUUUAAAUUGGUAUAUUAUGAAAAUAAGGCUGAUUUUCAUAAUGGACAAAAGCUUUAUAAUUAUUCUGUUAUAAAUGUUAUAGAACUUUGCUGUAAACUCAUAAGAAUAUGUACAAAACUAUCAUAAAAAAAUAACAAACAAGGACAGUGUUUUCAUAUACCAUUUGAUUGGUUUAACAUGUCAGUUUUGACAAAAUACAUAGUCUGCAUGUCUGUUGUCUCCCUUAUUCAGUUCGUUUAAUCCGAUUGGUUCUGUCUCAAAGCAAAUGUCUUGCCAGAAAGUUAUAAGUUGUAUGUGCUCUUUUAAGAAAGAUGGAUCAAGAUAAAACAAGCUUAUAAAUUAUUCCAUUGAAAUAUUGAAAUAUUUUCAUAUAAAUUUUUUAAGAGUUCAGUUUCUGUUUAUACCAAGAAGAUUUUAAUAAUUUAUUGGAGUAUGAAAUUUGUAAGGUUUCUGUUGCAGUAUUCAAGCAAUAACAACAUUAUACAGAGCCCUGAAUUUUUUUUUUCUAAUCCUCAAUAACGGAAAAAAAAUGUGAAAAUUUUGCAUUAGUUAAUCAUGUUGCUCAAUGCACUUGCAGUCCCAUUAAGUUUGAACUAUGUUUUAAUGUAAAUAAGAUACACUGUUAUAUUAUAAUUUAACUGUGAUAAUUUAAUUUUUGACAAAAGAUAUAUUAAAUAAUUUUGAUAAUUGGUAGUGAAAUUUGCAUAACUGUGACAUAUUCUGUAGAUAUUUAAUCAGUUUAAUUUAGAAAAUGAGUUUAUAUUGGUAUUGCACUUCAGUCCAUAGUUAAAUACCUUUUUGAAAAUACAAUGGUUUUAUAAACAUUUCAAAUAAUUUUUGUUUCUGUAUGAAAAAAAGAUGUUUCAGGUAUAUUGUUAAAAGGUUGUUUAUGUCUGAUUAAAUUUUGGACCCCCAAAAAACAAUUUGUUCAUUUCAAAAAAUAUAAAGAAUGUUAGAGAUAUUUUUACAAGCUGAAAUGGUAGUGCCAAAAAGCUCUGAAAUAUAGAAAUCGAGAAACUAAUUCAUGGAAAAAAAUAUACAGUACACAUCGAGUUUUAAUGUAUUUUUUGUUGCAUUCAUUUGAUGUUGGGCUUAGUUUUCUUUCAAAUAUAUCUAUGUAUUAGAUUAGCAGAGUUUCUAAAAUUGAUAGCAGUGGUUUCAUAUUCAUAUGUAAGCAUCAGCUUCUUGUGUAAGCUGCAUUAAUAUUAUAAAUAGAAUUAAUCUAUUUCUACAAAAAACUCUAACAGAUUUAUGAAUUAUUUUAUAUCAAAAAUGAAUAGACUGUGGAAGACUGUUCAUUAUAAUAGUUUUUAUUUAUUGUAAUGUAUAAUUUAGAAUAAAAAGUUUUAUCAUUAAAAUUUUACAGGGUCAGAACUGUUGUUCUUAUGUGAAGAUUUUCAAUGUUGCUGAAGGCAAAAUGCUUGAUUUAUGAAGAAAUAAAAAAAAAUGCAGUUUGAGGGUAUAUUGUCAUAUUAGUAAAGCUUAAAUUGUUAGUUUAUUUUAUUUGCUAUGUGACGUGAUAUGUAUAAAUCAUAUUAUAGUACUUUAGUUUACAAACAAGUAAAACUGUAAAAUUGUAAGAAAUUCAGCAAGAUGUAAUUUUUCACCAAGAAUGAAAAGUAGAUUGUAUAUCCAGAUUUUUUUUCGUCGUUUGAUUGUAAAUUAUUUGGUUUUUUUUUAGUAAUUCAGUCUUGAUUAUAAACUUUGUACCAAAAUGUUGAUUGUCAAAGAAGGCACAUAUGUAACAAUUCCAGCAUUUUUCAUAUUAAAUGUUUGUGCUUGUUUUGUUGCACUAUUAUCUUUAUUUGAUAGUACCUCAUGGAAGAAAAUUAUUUUGAAACAUAUCUUAUCAAAUACAUGUGAAUCAAUUUUGUUAUUUAGAGAUACAACAAGGAGUAAUUAUUAAAAAAAAUUGUUGAAAAGUCAUUGUAUAUAUUCCCAUUAUAUUAGUUCAAAUCUUAAGCAAAUUUCAUUUCUAUGAUUACCAGUUAGUUAGAUUUUUGUUAUGGUCAGGAAAGAGACAACAAUAGAGUUAAAUUAUUAGACAUUUCAGAAUCUUAAGCAUUGUGGGUAAUAAUUUCAAAAUCAACACCAAAAUGUUGUGAUUGGCUAACAAUGUCUUAAACAAUGGAAAUAACCAAUGACAUGACAUUGUUCUCAUUUUAGGGUAUACUAUUAAUAGCCAAUGAAAUUACCCUUAGAACUUUUAGAGGUUGGACUGGCAGAUUCCUACAUCAUACCUAACAAACUAGUUUGAAAAAUCUUUUUUGCUUUGUUCAUCUACACAAAUUAAUCAUUCACUCUGAUACUUAUAACCUGCUAUGCUAUGAAGUAGAAUUUUCUGCCACAAUGAAUAACAAUUAUUUUAAGGCAGGUUUUAAAAUUAGGCAAUCCAGGUUAAGAGCUUAUUUGCUAUAGGUGUACAUGUGUGUCGGCACAGUGGAAUUUUAAGCCAUUGUUUAUAAUAUAUUUUCAUUUUGAUAAAUUCUUUGCACAAAAUUAUAUUUUGGAGCCAAAGAAAAGAAUAGCUUAUGAAGUGUUGUCCUGUCAAUAAUAAGAAGAAAGGGACAAAGAACUGACACAACCUUUGUUUUUAAAAAUACAGGUUUGAAUAAUUGUAUUAUUUUGGUUAUUCAAAAAACAACUCAAAGUAAAUUUGACUAGAUCAUUGAUAUUAGACUAUACAAAAUGUAUGUUUCUGGUAAUUUGAAGAUUUUACAAAUAUGUAUGGAAUGUUAACAUUCCUUUCAAAGUGAAUAAAGCAUUGAAACAUUUAA